UCAGGGGCCGCGCAGGACCUCGGGUGGGGCGGGGGCCGGGAAGCGGGUUAGGCGGCGGCAGUCAUGAGCGCCGUGGAUCUAUCCCGCGUGGGCGCGUGUGUCCUGAAGCAUGCGGUGACCGGGGAGGCCGUGGAGCUGCAGAGCCUGUGGCAGGAGCAGGCGUGCGUGGUGGCCGGCCUGCGGCGCUUCGGCUGCAUGGUGUGUCGCUGGAUCGCCCGGGACCUCAGCAGCCUCAGGGGGCUCCUGGACCGGCACGGCGUGCGCCUGGUCGGCGUGGGGCCGGAGGCACUGGGCCUGCAGGAGUUCCUGGAUGGCGGCUACUUCGCGGGAGAGCUGUACCUGGAUGAGAGCAAACAGCUCUAUAAAGAACUGGGCUUUAAGCGGUACAACAGCUUGAGCAUCCUGUCAGCUGCCGUGGGGAAGCCUGUGCGUGAUGUGGCCGCCAAGGCCAAGGCUGUUGGCAUUCAGGGGAACCUGUCGGGGGACCUGCUGCAGAGUGGAGGGCUGCUGGUGGUCGGCAAAGGUGGUGACAAAGUGCUGCUGCACUUUGUCCAGAAGUCUCCAGGUGACUAUGUUCCCCAAGAGAACAUUCUGCAGGCCUUGGGCAUAUCUGCAGAGGUCUCUGCCAGCGAGCAGCCCCAGUGUGACGAGGAGGUGUGUGGGAGGUGAAGACCUCUGGCGAUCUGGGAGGACCUACGGCCUGGGUGUCCUGGGAGUCGGAUUGAAGAAUUGUCUGGAGUCGCAGCGGGCCGAGACUGAACCUAGCCUGCUCUGCCAGCAACAAUGAGCCAUUAAACCACUGUUCCUGGA